AUGGUUAAUGAAGAGCCUAGUAUCAAAGUAUCUUAUGAUACAAACAAGGAAACUCAACCUAUGCCAAAAGUUGGAAAUUGCUCUGAUUAUUUUAAAUAUGAAUCCGAUGCCAAUAGCUAUUAUUAUUUAUCAGAGGGACAAGCAACUCUGAGCGUUGAUAAUUAUUUAGUUUUUGGGAUAUACAUCACUGAUGAAACAUACUCUCGUUUAAAUCAUACUUCUCCCAUGAUCAUGCAAACAUUUGAUUCAGAAUAUCCGUACCAAAAUAAACAUCCUAAACUUAAGAGUUCAAUUGAUGUGGGAAAUAUUUAUGCUUUAACAGAAUCUAAUGGUACAAAUGUAUUUUUUUUUCGGUACUAUAGACUUAGAAGAGAAGAAUUGGAUCACUCAUUUCUUACUCAACUUGGUUGGAAACCAAAAUAUGAAAUAUACAAUUACAUUGAAUCUGAAAUGCAGACUAUCGAAUAUUCGUUACCGGGGCCAUUUAAUGAUGUUUAUGAUGAUGACGUUUUUUACAAUUUUUACGCAAAGGUGGUAAUUAAGCUAAAAACUAAUAUCAUAGAAGUAGAAAGAGAACAAAGAGCGCGUACCAUCUUAGAAGUGUUAGCAAAUAUUGCUGCUCUUUACGGAUUAGCUUUUG